AUGCGAGUUCUAUGCGUUGCUGAAAAGCCUUCCAUCUCCAAGUCCAUCACCCAAAUUCUCUCGGGCGGGCAAUUCAGAACGACAAACACAGCUCUCGGUUACAUCAAGAACUAUGAAUUCGACUACCCCCAGACCAGAGCAACGUUCGUCGUGACAUGCGUUACGGGUCACCUCACCUCGACAGACUUUACGGAGCAGCACCGGGGAUGGCAUUCCUGUGACCCAUCUGCCCUAUUCGACGCCGAAGUCCAGACAUUUGUUCCUCAAGACAAGAAAGCCAUCGAGACCAACCUGAAAAACCAAGCGAGAUACGCGGAUAUGUUGAUGAUAUGGACGGAUUGUGAUCGAGAGGGUGAACAUAUUGGGAUGGAGGUUGUCAACGUUUGUCGGAGAGUGCGGCCUAAUAUCCAGGUCAAGCGGGCACGUUUUAGCGCUAUUAUUGCUCAACAAAUUCAUCGAGCAGCGCAGCAUCCCGUGGAAUUGGAUCUCAGGCAAGCCGACGCAGUUGAAGCUCGAAUACUACUGGAUCUCAAGAUUGGCGCCGCUUUCACCCGGCUCCAAACACUUUACCUACAAAACCGUUUCCAGCAAAUUACAUCUGUCGUCUCUUACGGCCCGUGCCAAUUCCCAACCCUGGGUUUUGUCGUACAAAGGUAUUUGAAAGUACAAGACUUCCGUCCAGAAACAUUUUGGUACAUACACUUGGAACUCAACGCACGGGACGACGACGGCCAUGCACAACUUGUCAAGUUCUCUUGGAAGCGACCGCACCAAUUCGAUUACGACGUCGCACACUCUUUGUAUGCGAGGGUCCUUGAUAACGUUAGGGCUCGUGUGCUGAAAGUGGUGAAGAAGGAGACAAAGAAAUGGAAGCCGUUACCAUUGACCACAGUCGAGCUUCAGAAAGCUGGAUCGAGGCUGCUCAAGAUGGCUCCCAAGAAGAUCCUUGACGCAAGAUUCCUUUCAUAUCCUCGUACCGAGACCGACCAAUACGAUAAUCAAUUUGACUUUAUGACCCUCAUCAACAAGCAAACUGCCGACAAUGCUUGGGGUGACUUUGCUCGCAGAUUGCAGCAGGGAGGGUUCAACGCACCGCGAAAGGGAAAGAACAACGAUAAAGCCCAUCCACCUAUCCAUCCGACUGCACACGCUGGACACCUCACGGGAGACGAGAAGAGGGUUUACGAAUAUAUCACGCGACGCUUCCUCGCCAGCUGCUCAGAGGACGCCAGAGGCAAUCAGACCACUGUCGAAGUUGUGUGCGGAGGCGAAGAGUUUACUGCUACAGGUCUCGGGAUCAUUGCUAGGAACUACCUCGAGGUGUUUCCAUACGACAAAUGGGCAGAACAUGAGCUGCCUAAUUUCGAGGAGGGUCAAGAAUUCAAUCCUACCCUGUGCGAGCUGAGGGAGGGACAGACGACUGCGCCCAACUACCUGACUGAAGCUGAUUUGGUUGCUCUUAUGGACAAGAACGGGAUUGGCACGGACGCGACGAUAGCCCAGCAUAUCGAAACCAUCAUACAACGGGAGUACGUUAUCGAGCGGAUGGAAGGUUCAACCAAGUAUUUGAUCCCGUCGACACUUGGAAUCGGUCUCAUCGAGGGUUAUAACAACAUCGGAUUGGAGAAGAGCGUUAGCAAACCUGUUCUUCGCCGUGAAACGGAACGAAGGAUGGUACAGGUGUGCGAAGGCGCGACAACUAAACAACAGAUGUUGCAAGCGAGUCUGGAGCAGUACAAGGAGAUGUAUGAGAUUACUCGGAGGGAGCUUGCUAAAGUGGAAGAGAGCGUUCGCAGGUACUUGACUGAGGGCGGAGGAGGUGCACCGCCACCUCCACCUGGGGGAGGAGGGGGCCCUGGAGGAGCUGCAGGGCCAGGUGGUGGCGGUGGAGGAGGUCGCGGAGGGCGGGGUGGUGGUGGCAGUGGUGGACGCGGAGGCGGAGGCGGUGGUGGAAAUGGUCGUGGGGGUGACGAUCGGCCAGCACCCCCACCACAGCCGAAACCAAGGUCUCAACGUAAUCCCGCCGUGGUGAACGACCCACCUCCCCCGCCGCCUAGGACAUCUACACUAAACCGAGGAGGUGUCAAUCAGUGUCAUUGUGACAUCCCAGCACAGAGGAAGAUAGGCACUAGCGGCGUUUCGAGAGGGAAGGCGCAUUGGGUGUGUGGCAAGAUCAGCCACGACGAAGAUCGGUGUAGCUAUUUUAUGACAACGGAAUCAGAGGCCGCCAACCCAUCAUCGACGUCGACAAGCACAGUUCCUGCCAAACGGCCGUAUCCGGCUACGGACCAGCCUCCACCGAAAUGCAAAUGCAACAAGGACGCUGCGACUAGGACUGUCACGAAGGAUAACGAGAAUAAGGGCCGUGUGUUUUACACUUGUGAAAAUCCACAAGGCGAGCAGUGUGGUUUCUUCGAGUGGGCGGACGCUCCAAGUUCCAACUCUGGGUCAGGGAUGGGUAGCAGAACUACUUCGAUGGGCAACUCUGGGACGUCGAAGGAUGUUUGCUUCAAGUGUAAUCAACCAGGACAUUGGUCAAAUGCCUGUCCGAAUCCUGACGGUGGGAGCUUGAACAAGCGGCCCCGUAGCUUUGGGUCGGCGACAGCGAACAGUACUGGCAGCUCUAGUCUGGUGUGCUUCAAGUGCAAAGAGCCUGGCCAUUUAGCACCAAGCUGUCCCAACUCGGGCCAAUCGUAUUCCCAAGGAGGCUCGAAAAGCAAUGCCGAAUGUUUCAAGUGUAACAAGAAGGGACAUUUCGCCAAUGGUAUAGUGAUUUUCCUUGUUGUUUGA